AUGUCCACGAGAAGGAGCGCCAGGAUUCGCAACAUUGACUUAGGCGUCGCUCCUAAACCAGCUCAAUCUGCGCCUACGCCUCCUGCCCCGCCAAAGAGGAAGCGAAAAGCCCCGGCUGAAGACGAGAACGAUGAGUCGACAGCUAAGGGGAAGAAAGCACCGACAAAGAAGGCAAAAGCGACAACAUCAACCGGUAGAAAGACAAAGCCGAAGGUCAAUACCGCCGCUGAGAAUGAGACUCAGGAUGAGACAGUCUCAGUUCCUGACGAUGUCUUGUCAGUUCUGCCAGCCGAGAUUCUCCAACAGAUCCUCGAAAGUGUCAAUGACUCAGGAAGCAUGGUCAAGAUGGCCUGCACCUCCAAGCGAUAUUAUGCUGUCGUAAUGGCCAUCAUCCAUAAACGCAUCUCCGUCUCAACAUACUUCUGGGCACACAUUCCCCACGUCAUCCGCCGAAUUGAGCCUCAUCUAAGCAUAGCUCAAAAGAAACAGCUCAAGAGAGAAGGCCAGUACAAAGGUCAACAAGAGAAGUUCUCAACUCUCCUAGAUCCAACUGCAGUGCCUUCUUGUGCCAGCAAUGUCCGGCAGAUGAUCAUUGGAAAGAUUGACCCGGGCAAGAGGCAUAAGCCCUUUUUGUUGAGAUACUUUGAAGAGGUUUUGAAAAACCUUCAUAACUUGGAAGUCUUUGAUGCUAAGGACCUAACUGAAUCGAUGGCGGAGGGUCUUUCUAAAUUGAAGAAUCUCAAAUCUAUACGACUCGAACCCUACGAACAUAGCAUAAAGCCUGAAGCUAUAAUUCCACUCGCCAAACUCAGUAAUCUCGAGCACAUCUGCAUCGAGGACAGGGGUUGGGGAUCACUUUGUGUGGCCAAGGAAAGACCUUUACAGAGCAUGCUACUCAACUCCCUAUCAACCCUCCAGGCUCUGGAAGUUCGAACAUCCAAGUAUUACUCCGACUUUCUUGGCGAUUGGGAAGUCAAAAUUAAAGCUCGCAAGCCUGAUGCUUCGGAACAAGAGUAUGAUUUUACAGCGCUCAAAUCACUGACUCUACAUGGCAUAAGUUUCAGUGGUGAAUUUUGUGAGAAUGUGAUGCCGAACAUCAAAAGAGCUUUUGACUUCCUCAAGCUGAGGGAGCUUAACCUCAUGAGUCUCGAAGAGGGACAACUCACGUUCUAUAAGCAUCUCGAGGAUCUGUUCAGGAAAGCUGACAAGCGAGAUAUCCACCUUCGAAAGCUGUGUUUGGACAUGAAAGGACCUGGGCCUACUUCAAACUACGCCGAGACAGAGGUCCACCUGGAGGGAAAGUAUCGGUUCAUCUCGUCAUUUGACUCUCUGACCAGCUUGGAAAUACAUGAUUACAACAUGUACAACACCAAUGUUCAGUCAAAUCCGGGACUUUCAAGGCGAUUGAUGCAGUCCAUUGUGAAGCAUACAGCCCUGGAAACACUGCGCUUUCAUUAUCGGCAUAUGGGCAGUGAGCCAUGGGAAAUCCCAUUUGCCUCAGCUGAGAAUGUGAAUAUCCUGACCACGAACCUGCCUUCGCUGCGGACUUUUGAGCUUGCGCCCCAAGAAGAUGAUCUUGAUGCAAUGGCCCGCGCUCUAUCACUCGCCAAGAACCUAACAGCUCUGCUUUGCACCAGCUACAAGAGCUUUUACGAAGAUCGAGAAAACACCCACACGAUACUUGCCAAAAGGCUUAUAGAGGGAUUCCUGGAGAACGCUAGCAACCGUGAGAAAUUCGUGUGGGAGGAGCACUACAAGCUUGGACGCCUCACUAUAGGCUGGACAGACUUCCACGUUGGAUCUAGACUAAAGCCGAAGAAGAACUUUUCCAAGCCUGUGAAGAUCGAGAAGGUCGAUCGUGUGGUGAUGGUGCAGGACACGCGGCCUCAGAAGUGGCGAGACUCGAAGCAGGCGUAUUACACUGCUGAUAGUCGAUGGGUUGAUCAUGUUACGAGGCCAGAUCGUCAGGGGCCGUUGCAGCUUGUAUAUGAUGAUUGA